UAUAUAUUGGUUGGCUUGGGUAAUCCAGGAGAUAAAUAUUUAGAUACAAGACACAACGUUGGUUUUAAAGUAGUUGACCGUAUCUGCGAAUUAUUUGAACAAGAAAAAUCACAAAAAAAAGAUAAUAUAAUUAAACCAUCUAAAAUCAUUAAACAAGUCAUUUUAUUAAAACCACAAAACUUUAUGAAUAGAUCGGGUGCCUCCAUUAGAAACAUUUCAACCGAAUUCGAUGUACCAACAGAAAAUAUUUUAGUUUUCCACGAUGAAAUUACACAAGAUACAGGGAAUAUUAUAAUGAAAGCCAAUGGAGGGGCCUCAAACCAUAAUGGCGUAAAGGAUAUUAUUGAUCGUUUAAAAACCCAAAAAUUCUCAAGAUUUAAAUUGGGUGUAGGUCCAAAAAACAACGAACCAACACAUUUAUUUGUUUUAAGAAGAGUUUCCAAUGAAAACCAACCAAAAUUAGACUCAAGUAUCGAAAAAGCUGCUUUAUAUUCAAUUAUGUGGUUAGAAAAAGGUCCAAAAAUGUUUUCAGAAGAAAAUUUAGAUAUCAAUUAA